CUGAUUGCCCGGCUGGCCGGGUUUUUCGAUACCCAAACCUCUGUAACUGCCUGGCUCGUUGGUGGUAUCGUCCGCGACACGCUCCUGGGACGAGAGAUCCAGGACAUCGACAUCUCCGUUUCCGGCGACGCCCAGCCUGUGGGGCGCGCCAUCGCCGAUCUUCUCGGCGGAACCGCAGUCCCCGUUCCUGAGUGGAACAUCGUACGGGUCGCGCUCCCUCCAUCGUCGGAACACGCCCGUCACAACGUGAUCGACAUUUCCGGCCACGCCGGGUCCAUCGAAGACGACCUCCGCUCCCGGGACUUCACCAUCGACGCGAUGGCCGUCCCUCUCAGCUGUUGGGAUUCCGACGCGCGGUUCGAUGCCAUCAUAGAUCCCCUGAGUGGUAGGGCGGACCUCGCCCGCCGCGUUCUGCGCGUCGGCGGUGAGGGCGUUUUCGUCGCCGAUCCCGGCCGUAUGCUCCGCGCCGUCCGGCUAGCCCAGCAGGUGGGGCUCCGCAUGGAGCCCGAUACCGCCCGUCUCAUCCGGCGAGACGCUCACCUUCUCCUUCGGGUGUCGCCCGAACGCGCCCGCGACGAGUUCCUGACCAUCCUGUCCGCUGACGGCGCCCGGCCCCAGCUGGAAGUCCUGGAUCGCCUCGACCUCCUCUGUCGCGUGAUCCCCGAAUUAGAAGCCACUCGACGUUGCGAACAACCCCGGUCGCAUCACUACUGGGACGUGUGGGGUCACCUCCUCCAUUGUGUCGAGUAUGCCGAGGAGGUGACCGCCGGCCACCGCAACAACGCGAUCUACACCAUGGCUCCGUGGACCGCGAAAGGAGACGCCUACUUCAGUGAGAUCAUCGGCGACGGGCACACCCGCCGCACCGUGCUCAAGCUGGCGGCUCUGCUUCAUGACAUCGCCAAGCCCCAGACUCGCGCCGCUGACGCCGAAGGCCGCGUGCGGUUCCUCGGCCACAGCGAAGAGGGCGCGGAAAUCGUUCAGCAUCGCCUCUCGUCCCUCCGCAUGUCGCGCCGGAUUACGGACCUGGUUUCCAAUAUGGUGCUGCACCAUCUCCGACCAAGCCAGCUCCGGCACGGGUCGGCCAUGCCGUCCCCUCGGGCGAUCUUCAGGUUCUACCGCGAUGUCGGCGACGCUGCGGUGGACACCCUCUACCUUGCCAUGGCCGAUGUCCUGGCCGCCCGCGGCCCGGAACUCUCCCCUGAAAGUUGGGGUAACUAUGCUAGAAUGGUUGUCGCUGUUCUCGAAUCCGGGGGUGAACAACCCGGAAAUCGAAAUGGCAGUCCACCGUUGAUCAAUGGCCACGACUGA